GGGCCGGGCGGGCCGGGCCCGGGGCCUGGGCCGGGGCCGGGGGCCGGUGACCGGUGACGGCGGCGGCGGCGGCGGCGCUGUGCCCCGCCAUGGCCCACUUCGAGACGCAGUACCAGCGCCUGGAGAGCUCCUCCACGGAGUCCCCCCCCGGCGGCGGCGACCUGCUUGUCCACGUUCCCGAAGGCGCCAAGUCUCCCUGGCAUCACAUUGAGAACCUGGACCUCUUCUUCUCUCGCGUCUAUAACCUGCAUCAGAAGAAUGGCUUCACCUGCAUGCUCAUUGGAGAGAUCUUUGAGCUCAUGCAGUUCAUCUUUGUGGUGGCAUUCACCACCUUUCUUAUCAGCUGUGUUGACUAUGACAUCCUUUUUGCCAAUAAAGCGGUAAAUCACAGCCAGCAUCCCACUGAGCCCAUUAAGGUGACUCUGCCAGAUGCCUUCCUGCCGCCUAAUGUCUGCAGUUCGAGAAUCCAGGCAAACAGUUUCCUCAUCUGCAUCCUAGUGAUAGCUGGGGUUUUCUGGAUUCACCGACUUGUUAAAUUUAUCUACAACAUUUGCUGCUACUGGGAGAUACACUCUUUCUACAUCAAUGCCCUCAAAAUCCCCAUGUCCACCUUGCCCUACUACACCUGGCAGGAGGUGCAAGCCCGCAUUGUACAGAUCCAGAAGGAACACCAGAUCUGCAUCCACAAGAAGGAGCUGACAGAGCUGGACAUCUACCACCGCAUCCUCCGCUUCAAGAAUUACAUGGUGGCCAUGGUGAACAAGUCACUGCUGCCCAUCCGCUUCCGCUUGCCCCUGCUGGGAGACACUGUCUUCUACACACGUGGGCUCAAGUACAACUUUGAGCUCAUCUUCUUCUGGGGGCCCGGCUCCCUCUUUGAGAAUGAAUGGAGCCUAAAGGCUGAGUACAAGCGGGCUGGGAACCGCCUGGAGCUGGCUGAGAAGCUCAGCACUCGCAUCCUCUGGAUUGGCAUUGCUAACUUCCUCCUCUGCCCCCUCAUUCUCAUCUGGCAGAUCCUCUACGCCUUCUUCAGCUACACGGAGAUCCUGAAGCGGGAGCCAGGCAGCUUGGGUGCCCGCUGCUGGUCUCUCUACGGCCGCUGUUACCUCCGUCACUUCAACGAGCUGGACCAUGAGCUGCAGUCGCGGCUCAGCAAGGGCUACAAGCCAGCAUCCAAGUACAUGAACUGCUUUAUCUCCCCGCUCCUCACCAUUGUGGCCAAGAAUGUGGCCUUCUUUGCUGGCUCCAUCCUGGCUGUGCUCAUUGCUCUCACCAUCUAUGAUGAGGAUGUGCUGGCGGUUGAGCAUGUCCUGACUACAGUCACCCUGCUUGGAGUGGGCAUCACGGUGUGCAGGUCUUUCAUCCCUGACCAGCACCUGGUGUUUUGCCCAGAGCAGCUGCUGCGAGUCAUCCUGGCUCACAUCCACUACAUGCCUGACCACUGGCAGGGCAACGCCCACCGCUAUGAGACCAGGGAUGAGUUUGCCCAGCUCUUCCAGUACAAAGCGGUCUUCAUCCUGGAGGAGCUCCUGAGUCCCAUCAUUACGCCCCUGAUCCUCAUCAUCUGCCUGCGGCCCAAGUCCUUAGACAUCGUUGACUUCUUCCGCAACUUCACUGUGGAGGUGGUGGGUGUGGGUGACACCUGCUCCUUUGCCCAAAUGGACGUGCGCCAGCAUGGCCAUCCGGCGUGGAUGUCCGCAGGAAAGACGGAGGCCUCCAUUUACCAGCAGGCUGAGGACGGCAAGACGGAGCUGUCCCUCAUGCACUUUGCCAUCACCAACCCCAAGUGGCAGCCGCCCCGCGAGAGCACGGCCUUCAUUGGCUUCCUGAAGGAGCGGGUGCACCGGGACAGCAGUGUGGCGCUGGCUCAGCAGGCUGUGCUCCCUGAAAACGCUCUCUUCAGCUCCAUCCAGUCCCUGCAGUCGGAGUCGGAGCCUCACAGCCUGAUUGCCAAUGUCAUAGUGGGUUCCUCGGCACUGGGCUUCCACAUGGGCCGGGAUGGACAGGCCUCCCGACAUCUCUCCGAAGUGGCCUCAGCCCUGCGUUCCUUCUCCCCACUCCAGUCUGCCCAGCAGCCUAGCAGUGGCUUCCAGACAUCGGGAAGGGAUGGAGAGGGAGCGCAGCCUCGGGGUGCCAGUGCCAUGACAGCCUCGGGUGCUGAUGCGAGGACUGUGAGCUCUGGAAGCAGUGCCUGGGAGGGUCAGAUGCAGAGCAUGAUCCUGUCGGAGUAUGCCUCCACCGAGAUGAGCCUCCACGCACUCUACAUGCAUGAGUUGCACAAGCAGCACGCCCAGCUGGAGCCCGAGCGGCACACUUGGCACCGUCGAGAGAGUGACGAGAGCGGGGAGAGCACCCACGAGGAGCUGGACACGCAGCGGGGUGCCUCUGUCCCCAUCCCUCGCUCUGCCAGCUACCCCUUCUCCUCGCCACGGCAGCCUGCCGAGGAGACGGCCACGCUGCAGACCGGCUUCCAGCGGCGAUAUGGUGGCAUCACAGACCCAGGCACAGUACACAGAGCCCCAUCACACUUCUCCCGCCUCCCUCUAGGAGGCUGGGCUGAGGACGGGCAGUCAGCAAGACACCCAGAGCCUGUGCCAGAGGAGAGCUCAGAGGAUGAGCUUCCACCACAGAUCCACAAGGUAUAGCCUUGUAGACUGGGGCUCUCGUGGGGGUUGCAGACUGGGAGCCGCCUGGGCAGCAGGAUGUGGCAUCAGCCUGAUUCUUCUCCCGUCCCGAGUGGACAGGAUAGUCCCGGGCUCCAUUUUGUUGCCAUCAGUUACCGAAGAGACAAAACUGCCAGGCCGGCGGCUUUGCGGUGGCACUUUGUGUCCAGCCGUGUGUCAAGUCAAUGCCACUCUGACUCUUGUGGGGUGAAUGCGUGUGUGAGUACAUACAUGUGUCUGUGUUCACAUCUGUGUUGUCCGUGUCAGAGGAGUGCUGCAGAGCCUGCGAAAGCUGACAUGACAGGACCAGCCGUGGGGAGCUGUGGACUGGCUUGGAGGUGGCAGCAGCAGCUGCUGUUUGAAAGAAUGCGAGAUGGCACCAGCUCCAAAUGCCUGCAUGGAGCUGGGACCUGCCUGCAAAACGAAGGCAGGAGCUGUUGAGGGGGUCAGCCUGUAGCACCAUACCUGCCCUGCCUUCAGCCCUUGGGAGGGUGCCCAGGACCAGUGUUGCACCCUUCAGCUUGGAGCAGGACAGCAGUGGGGCAGCCUCCCACCCCUCUGCCCCAGCACACUGCAGAGAGAUCGGCCCCAGCUGCUGCUGGUGUGGGAUCUAGAGCUGGUGGGAACAGCUCUGUCUGGGCUCUUCAACUCUCACAACAGCUGGCCCAUCCCCUGCACACAAGGAAGGAUUGGGUUGGGUGGAAGUCCUGGGUCUCUGACAUCCCUCCCAGCUGGCAGCCUCUGUGCUGUACCUUGGGGCUAGUGCAGCAGCGUCCUCUACCCUGUGUGACAGCUGUGGCUGCUAGCGGGCCCUCCUGCAGUGCCAAACAGACCCCAAGGUGGGGAAGCCCUGUGUGUCCUGGGAGUGUUUGCAGCCCCUUUGGAGACCACCCGGAACAUCAUGUGCUCUGUGUAUUGGUUCCCUUCCCCCAGACAUGAUAAAGGCCUUGUCCCCAUACCCAGGUUGUGGUGCAUCAGAUCUGUCCUCCUGAUAUGGCCGUUUCUGUGGUAUUGGGCCUUUCCUUUUCACCAAGCAAAAGCUUCAGUGCAUCUAACACCUGGCGGGUCCUAUCUCCAUCUUCUCUCCUGAAACUAUACUUUCGCUUUUAACAUGGCUUUGGCUGCUGUGGAGACCAUAUACCAUACAGCUGGCUUGGUCCUGGGGGUAGUGGGGAUGUCAAGGGGGAGGAUGCUUUAAACCCAGAAGGGGGGAGGUAGAUCCCAGCCCAACCCUGGGGUGGUGGGUUGGAUCAGGAUCCUGGUUGUGCAGCAACACCCUUCCCUCAUCAUUCUGGUUCCCUUCUCUUCCAGUGGCAGCUUGCAAGGGUCUGUACCCCAGCUGACCCUUGCCAGGCUUUGCUUUCUGCUCUCUUCCUCCCUUUGCCUCUGGCAGGGGCUGCUUGCUGUUGUCAUGCCCUCCCCAAGCACUGCAAGCUCUCCUAUGCCAUCCCUGGAGUCCAGGGCCACCUACCUUCCCCUGCCAAGGUUAUUGCCCUCUGCCCUCCCCCUCCCACGGUUAUUGUCCUCUGCCCUUCGCUCCCGGGCUGUGCACAUGCAGAUGAGCUAUCUGCUCCUGGUGCUGCUGGGGUGCCUUCGCCCAAGGGCCAGGGCGCAAGCAGGGGCAAGGUCCCAACAGGGGCAGGCGUUUUUGGGGGUGUUUGGUGCCCUGCUGGAAUGGGGUGGGAUAGAGAAGAUAUGUGACUGCGCUGGGGUCUGUAAGGGACUAAACUAGAGUGUGCUAGAGCAGAGUGUGAGGUGGGGUCAGGACUCCCCUAGGCAGGGGGUCAUCGCGUUCAAGGACAGCAACCAUGACCCUGCAGCACCUCUGGCUUGGGACUAUCAUGGCAUCAUGAAGGAAAACUGAAUGCAAAUUUCCAAGGAACCCAAGCUUUCCAGUGGCUUCCCCUGUCCCCUGAGCUGCUGCCCUGCAUGGAAGUGGGCUUCCCUAGGGCUGGGGGAUACUUAAGCUGAGGUGCGAAAGGCUGGCAGUGCCCAGGGGUAGAGGGAGCCUGGGCCUUUCCAGGAAAGACAGGCCUGGCAGGAGCAGGCUGGUGUUCUUGCUGCAUGUUGUGCUUGUGUCCUCAGUGUCCCAUGUGCAUGGCAAGACACUCUUCCUCAUCUUCUCCCCGGGGCGUGCGGGGGUUCCCAGGGAGCGCAGUCUGGCCCCCCCGUGCCCUCGCUGUACAGCUGGCUAAUAAAGAUGGGCUCUGUCAUCCC